AUGGAAUUUAAUUCGGGUGUUAGUAUGUUUUUACCUGAUUCAAUCGGUCUUAAUGGAAAUGAUUUUGAUGAAGAAGAUCAUGAAGAUAUUGUUCAUGAACAAACAAAUCAAAAUGAAAUCGUUGAAUUGAUUAUGGCUGCUUUUGAAGGGCAUGAAGAACCCUCUGAUGGUGAAGAAGAAGAAGAUGACGAGGAUGAUGAAUCAUUAAAUACAUCGAAUUCAAGUCACCUUAUUGUUAAUGAACAUGAACUAUUAAAUACAAAUAAUAAUAAUAAUAAUGCUAAUGAUCACUAUAUUCAACAACAACAACACGAAUUACUUCAUCGAAAUCAUUUAUAUCAACAACCAUUAUAUUCUACUCCAGCUGUUUCUACUCCUCCACCAUUAGUUCCACCAUCAGCUUCAACAGAUUUUGAUGAUCAUACUCAAUAUACAUAUCCACGUUAUCAACAAUUCGAUGAACAUAAUAAUACUGAACAAGAUAUACAAUUUAGUACAAAAAGUUCUGCUCUAGUUCAUUAUCAAAAUCCAAAUCGUCAUACAAAUAAUAAUAAUAAUAAUAAUAAUAUAGCAUCAACAGGUGUUCAAUAUUUUGAUUCAUUACCAACAAUAGAUUUCAUUGAUCCAAUGCAAGCACAAUUUAUGUAUCAAACAUCAUCAACAAGUUCAUCUGAUACACAAAAUCAAUUAAAUAAAUUUCGUAUUUUAUGUAAUGUUAAAGAACGUAAAAUAACUGAACUUGAAAAUCGUUUAACUGAAUAUCAUGAAAAAUAUAACAGUGAUUUACGUGUACUUAAACAUAAAAUUGAAUUAAGUGAAAGAGCUAAAUAUGAUUAUGAACAACGUUAUCAAUCAAUAACUAGACAAUGCGAAGAAUUAAUUGAAACAAAUAAUCAAUUACAGCGAACAAUUAAAGAUGCUGAAUUAAAAAUUCAACAAUUAGAAGGAAAUAAAACACAACUUGAAAAAAAAUUAGAUGAUGCUGAAUCAUUAAUUGAUUCACUUCAUAGAAAAGUUAAUGAAUUACAAAGAUUUGAAUCUAUUGCACGUACACAACAAGAUUGUGAACUUAUUUUAGCAAGUACACGUGAAAAACAUGAACAAGAAAUAAUUAAUCUUAAUGAAAAAUUACAAAUUACUCAAAUGAAUUUACAAGAAAAGACAAUUGAAGUUGAUGAACUUCGUAUCCAAUUAGAAUCCGCUUGUAAAAAUAAUGAAAAAGCUAUCUUUGAAAGAAUGGAAACAAUCAGUCAUUUAAAUCAACAAUUACAUGAUUGUCAAAGACAAUAUACUGAUUUAUUAACAAGUAAAUCAAUGGAUACAUUUAAUCAAACAGAAACAAAAAGACAAUUAAAUCGUAUGACUGAAGAUAAAGAAAAACUUGAAAAUAUAUGUCAAGAAUUUCAGUCUGAAAUUCGAACAUUACGUGAACGUCUUGGUAUAACAGAACAUGAAGUUGAUAAAGAUUUAUUUGGUAUAUCAAGUAUAUCUGUUAAUGAAUUAUCAAGUCUUAAUCGACAAGUUGUUCCACAUAAUUCAACAAGUUUUGAUAAUCCAAACGAAUCUUUAAUAAAUGAAAAUCAUCAUUUAAAAGAACGUAUUGAUGAAUUUGCAUCGAAUGAAAAAAAUCUUAUACAAAUUAAUGAAGAAUUACAACGACAAAUUCAUGAAUUAACACAUAAAGAUACAAUGAAUUCAGAUGAAACAAUUAUUACAAAUAGUAUUCAUAUGGAACAAAUAAAUAGUUUAACAAAAGAAAAUGAACAACUUAAAAAAAAUUAUUCAAAUCUACAUGAAAAAUAUGAUUAUGAAAAACAUGAAUUACAUACAAUUAUUGAACAAUUACGUGAAGAUAUUGUUGAUUUAGAUAAAACAAAACAACUUUAUAUAGAUGUUUGUCAAGAAAAAAAUUCGAUUGAAGAUAAACUUCGAGCUAAAUUUGAACAUGAAAUAAAAAUAAAAUUAGAUGAUUUACGUCGAACACUUGAAAAAGAAUAUAAUGAUAAAAUCUUAUAUUAUAAAAAUAAUUUUGAACAAGAUAAUCAAAUACUUAAAACAAAAUAUAAUCAAGAUUUAGAACAACAAUCAAAAGAAUUAAAUCAAGAUAUUGAACGUAUGAAAAUUAAUCAUGAAAAAAUGAUUAAUGAAUUAAAUAUUGAACUUGAUCGACUUAGAGCUAAUGACGAUACAAAAAAUCGUUUAAUCUAUGUUGAAAAAGAAUUUGAACAACUUAAACAUGAUUAUUCUGAUUUAAAUAUAAAACAAAAAGAAUUAAUCAAUAAUUGUAAAAUACUUGAAGAUGAAAAUCAAAAUUUAUUACAAACAAUUGAACAAUUGGAUCAAGAAAAACUUCAAUUAAAAGAAACAUAUGAAAAAACUGAAGAAAAAUUAUCAAAUGAAAUUCAACAAUUAAAUGAAUUAAUUGAAAAACAAAAAUAUGAAUUAAAUCAUUCAUCAAAACAAACAGAUGAAAUACAAAUUGAUUUAAAACAAAAUCUUGAAGCAUUACAAACACGUAUACAUAAUUAUGAAAAUGCUGUUAGUCAAUAUGAAGAAUAUCGUUUAAAAUUAGAAAAUAGUUUACAAAAAAUAACACAACAACGUGAUACAAAUAAAAUGGAUUUAAGAUUAACAAAAGAAAUGUUAGUUAAUAAAGAAAAUGAAUUUAAUAAAAUUAAAUUAAAUUUUGAUGAAAUUGAAAAAUCUUUACAAAUUUAUAAAGAACGUACGUUACAAAAUGAAACAACAAUUAAUAAUUUACAAAAACAAAUUCAACAAUAUGAACAAGAAAUUUUAGAAUUAAAUCAAACGAAAUUAAAGGAUAUACAAGAAAAAGAAAUAAGCUAUCGUGAAAAACUUUUAUCACUUGAAACUGAAAAAGAUCAAUAUGAACAACGUUUACAAGAAGCAAAUCGUGCACUUAAUUUAGCUGAUUCACAUUUACAACAAGAAAUUGAAAAAAUUAAAUUAAGUCUUGAACAAGAAUAUAAUCGACGUUAUGAACGUGAUUCAAAACAACAUCAACAUGAUUUAAAUCAAUUACGACAACAAUUAACAAAUGAUUUUGAAAAACAAAAAUCUACUAUACCAAUUAUUCAAACAAAUUCAACUGUACAAGAUAUUGAAGAAAUUAAAAAAAUGUAUCGUACUGAAAUUGAUCGAUUAUAUCGUGAAAAUAUUGAAUUAAGUCAAAAUCAAGCUAAACUUAUUGAUACACAUCAAAAACAAAUGCAAAUUAUGAAAAAAGAUUUAGAUGAUGGUUAUAAUAAUGUUAUUAAUGAAUUUCAACAUGAACAAACACGUUUACAAACACGUUGUGAACAAUUAAAACAACAACUUAAUGAAUCACAACAAACAAUUGAACAAUUAAAAAAAAAUCAUUUUGAUGAUAUAAAUAAACUUAAAGAAAAAUAUACAUUAGAACAAGAUAAUAAAAAUAGACAAGAAAAUUUACAAAAUCGCAUUGAUCAUCUUGUUAAAUUACUUGAACAAGCAAAUGAUAUGUUGAAUCAAGAACGGACAUUAUAUGCUACACAAGAAAAUGAAUAUCAACAAACUAUCUCUUCAUUACAAAAGAAAAUUGCUGAUAUGAUAAAACAACAUACAAAAGCUAUGGAUGAAAUAAAACGUGAACUUCAUCAAGAACGUAUAUCAUCACAAAAACGUUUAACAACACGACCAAUAUGUGUACCAGAAUAUGUUCAAACUGAUUUAUCAAUAAAUGAUAUUAAAUCAGAUUAUAUGGCAACUGUAGAAAAAUUACGAGUGGGAAUAGCUCAUUACAUGGACAAUCUAGAAAUAUCAAUAAAAAAACAGAUUCAAAAUGAAUUAACUCGAAGUCGUAAUUCAAUGAUUAAAGAAAUCCGUCGUGAAUUAUUUGAGAAAAUGACACAUGCUAUGAAAAGUCAAGGAGUGCCAGAUACAACAAUUGAUAUGCAUGUAUUUGAAUUAGAUCGUCUUCUAUCACAAAUGGCUCAAGAUUGUUUAGAUUCAUUAAGUUCAUCUUCAUCAACAUCAUCAUCUAUUUAUUCAACCAUGUCAUCAAAUUCAUUAAUAACACCAAUACGUCAAACAACAACAAAUCGUACAAUAAUAUAUGAUUCUUCAUUAUCAUCAACAUUAACUAAAACAAAAACAUUAGAAAAUAAUUGUACACCAUUAAGAAAAUCAACUGAAUGUUUACAUAUGACACCAACAAUGACAAAACAAAAUGCACCAUUAGCUCCACAUUGUCAUAUAACACUUGAUAGUGAUCGUCGACCAAAAUCAGCAUCAACUAUAUUAUUAGCUAGUCAAAAUUCAACAACAACAAUAUUAUCACCACGUACACAUAAAUUUCAACGUCCAACACAUAAAAAUUUUAAAAUGAAAAUGUAUCGUAGUGAAGAUGAUAUUAUGUUAGCUGUACAACGACAUGAUGAUAGACAAGAACAAAAAUCUGAUUUAAAUAGUGGUAUUGAUGAUAAUGAUGAUGGUACAAUAACAUUAUGUGAACAAGAUAUUGAAGAAAAACAACAACAACAACAACAACAUCAACAACCAAAUGUUCGUGCAUUAGCAAGACAAUUUGAACAAAAAACAAAUAUAUUACCUGAUCAUAAUCGUACGAAAUUAAAAACACCUGAUAAUCAUCAAACAAUACAUUAUGCAACAGCACGAACAAUUAUUAAUGAACAACUAGAAGAUAAUGAUGAUGAUGAUGAUGAAUUAACAUGGCCACAACACUUACAAUCACAACAACAGCAACAACAACAAACACCAACACAUAGUGGAAUUAAAAAAUUUGUACGUCAUAGUUUAAAACUAUUUACUACACAAUCACAACAACAACAAAAUAAAAAAACGGGAAAAUAA